AUGCCCUGUUCCGCGAGGAGCUCUGGUCGAAAACAUCAUCCCCAAAAACUCUCCAUCCCUCGCCACUGGCGACAGACCUACGCUGUGGCUGCUUCGGCUUGUGGCAGGUGCUGCGUACUCUUUGUGCGUGUAUUCGCUGUUGUGGGCUUGGUAGAUGGCUUUAACCGCAGAGAUUGUUCGCAAGGUAUGGGAUUAGCAGAUACAGCUAAAAAGAACUUUGGUGGUGGAAACACUGCUUGGGAAGAGAAGACGCUGUCAAAGUAUGAGUCCAGUGAAAUUCGUCUUGUAGAGAUAAUAGAGAAUCUGUGUGACAGUAGUAACUUUGAAUGUAACAACAUGGUAGAAGAGCAUGAAGAACAUAUAGAGAAAUGGUGGUUCAAACUAAAGAAGAAGUAUCCUGAUCUGUUUAAGUGGUUUUGCAUAGAAACAAUAGAAGUUUGCUGCCCUGCUGGAACUUAUGGACCAGAUUGCCUUGCUUGUCAUGGUGGAUCGGAAAGACCAUGCCAUGGAAAUGGCCACUGUGAUGGUGACGGUACCCGAGGUGGAGAUGGCUCAUGUAGCUGUAACAAGGAGUACACAGGAGAUUUUUGUUUGGACUGUUCUGAUGGAUACUUCAGUACCUUGAGAAAUGAGACUUAUUCUGUUUGUACAGCCUGCCACGCUGCCUGUAAAACUUGUACUGGUUCAAGUAACAAGGACUGCCAAGACUGUAAAGAAGGCUGGAUUAAAAAUGAAGAAGCAGCUUGUGUGGAUAUAGAUGAAUGUACUGGUUCUCCUUGCAAAGAUCACCAGUAUUGUUUGAACACAGAUGGAUCUUUCUCAUGCAAAGCAUGUGAUGCCAGCUGUGUAGGUUGCACAGGGGAAGGUUCUGAGAAGUGUAAGACCUGCGCACCUGGAUACAUGAAGGAAGAUGAAAAAUGUACAGAUAUAGAUGAAUGUAACCUUCCUGAAAAGGUCUGCGUGAAAGAGAAUCAAGACUGUGUUAAUACUUCAGGUAGUUACAAGUGUGUAUGUUCAGAGGGGUUUGAAGAUAAGGAUGGAACAUGCAUUCAAACAGUAAAAACAGGAGAGGAAGUGGAGAGUAAAUCAGCUGAGCCUUCACCUACUGGACAUGAUGACUUAUGAUCUACAUUCAGAACCAAAAGACAUUCCUAUCUAAAGUUUUAAAUUAUUGGACUAAGCAUUUGCUAGCUGACAUACUGUGGAAAUGGUAUUAAAUAUGCAGGUUUUAAAUGGCCAUUAAGAUUUUUUUUUUAAACAAUGAUAAACUGCUCUUUAAGCUGCAUUUCUUUAUUCUUAAAUGCCACUUUUUAUAUAAUUCUUCAAGAACAACACUCUAGAUAGGUUAGUAUAAAAUUUGAAGUAACAUUGUACCCAGAAAUUGUAAACAGUUUGCAGGUUUUUCAUUCUAGUGCCUACACAAAACUAUCAUCAUUUGGAAGGACUUAGUUGCACUUCAGUCUAAAUUUUUCUUGGAUUAUGAAGUUUGGUGUUUCUUGACAUGAGAAAUAUUUCUGUAAUUGAAAUACAGCUUUUAGAAAUUGUCAAAGGGAAUCUCUUUG